AUGCCCGCUGCGGCACCGCCCGCCUCGCAGCCUCCGUCCUCUCCUCCCGCCUCUGCCCCGCCGCGUGCCACCGCCGCGCCGCCGCCUCCCCGCCGCUGCGCGCCGCUCUCCCCGUCGUGUGCCACCGCUGCGCGCACGCCUCGCCGCUGCCGCCUCGCCGCACAACACCGCCGCGCGGUGCCACCGCCGCUUUGGACGUCCCUCGCUCCGCCGCUCGUGUCAACGCUGCCGCUUUCACCACGGCCGCGGAGAGCCGCUCCUGCACCACCGCUCGCGGCCCGGGAGCCGCCCGCACCGCCGCUCGCCAAUGGAGCCGCUUGCACCGCCGUUAGCCCACUGCCUGUGCUGCCGCUGUUCGCUGCAUAA